AUGAUAGAAUAUGAAUGGCCACAGGAGGCCUACCAAAAGACAGAGGUAAUGGAGGAGCUUCCUACUCCCCAGGAAUUGGGCGAAAGCCUGGCUUUAAUUAUGGGACCAAAUAUUAAGAAGGAUCAGGAUAGGGUUGCGGAGAUAACGACCAUAAUACCAGAAUUGCCGAAAAUAAUAGAAAGAGGGGUAGACGACAAGAAAAUAGAGGUCGUAUCUAAGUGCUCUACAAUCCGGUAUGGGAACACGAAAUUGAUAGAGGAAAGUUGCCGAAUAUUUAUAACUCCACACGAGGAAAGUGACAACGUAGAAAAGGACUCGAAGAACCUACUGGAGAUUAUAAACAGAUUAAAGCAGGAGAUAACGGACCCAAGUGAAGAAGGAAGCGAUUUUAAGAUCAUACCACUAAGUGAUACAUCAAUAGGCAUACUGAGGAAGAUCUGUGAAGCAGUAUUCUAUAACAGCAAGUGGAAAAUAAAAAUCGUGGCUAAAGAAAAGGACAAAAUCCAAAAUGAGGAAGGACCGAAAAAAUCAGAAAAAAUAAUACUUAAAGCGGGGGGAAGAAGUUACGCAGACCUGCUGAGGGACGUUAGAAAGAAUGUGGAUGUUAAUGGGCUUGGAGUAAAUGUGGAGAGAGUUAAAAGGACGAGAAAUGGAGACCUACUGAUGGAAAUAAAGAAGGCUGAUCAUGCAAUCAAGAAGGAUGUUAAAACCGUGCACAUUUUGGAUAUUGCUGGAGAUUUGAGCAAAGAUGAAAUCAUCGCUAGUCUCAAUGAAAGCGUAGGAAGCAGGACAGUGGAGGUAACGUCUAUUAGGACAACUGGUGAUGGGAAUCAGGCAGCCAUCGCUAAAAUUGAUAGAAGGAAGGCAGAAGGAAUAAUUAACGAAGGCAAAAUAAAGGUCGGAAUCUCCUUCUGCAGAAUCAAGGAGUGGGUAUCCAUUCUAAGGUGUUACAAAUGCCUUCAGUACGGUCAUAGGAGAAAUGAGUGCAAGGAAGAGGAUUCGAAAGAUAGGUGUUUCAAAUGUAAUAAGCCAGGACAUCUUGCGAAGGACUGUGGAGGAGAGGACUACUGCGCCACAUGCAAAGAGGGUGGACACAGAGCCAACCAAAUUGCAUGCCCGGCGUUCAGAAAAAUGGUGGCUUUGGAAAGGAGACGAAGAACAUCGGAAAGGACAAAUUAUUAA